GUGAUGGUACGGGAUAAGGUUCCUCCCACUGGUCUCACUGCAGCUGUUCUCCACCCUCCCAGUCCCAAGCCCCGUAAAAUACGAUGAGGGUGGCGGAGGCAGCGCGAAGAACGCGGGGCCUGGGAACUGAGGCGCGAGAGCUCACCUGAACACACUGCUGGUAGCGCUUGAAGAGAUCGGUGCACGGGUCCCCGGAGCUGUCCCCCUUGAGAAACUUCUCGGCGAACCAGCGAUUGAAGCACUGGUCGUACUCGCGCUUCAUGUCGGUACAUGCCUCCCCCACACUGUUCAUGGCGGUAGCGGUGACGGCGGCGACGGCGGCGCACUCUGAUGUCAUCACUGAGUCGCGCCGCUCGGCGUUACGUACGGACACACUACGGGGGCCAAGGAAGGAAGAAAUGUGGGCGCGGGCGUUGUGGCUAGGCCUUCGGGCCCCGCUGGGCGGGCCCCGGGGCUUCACCUCCAAGACAGAUCUUCAGGGCAGUGGCCGAAUCACGGCCGAGGUGAUCGAGCACCUGGAGCGUCUAGCACUUGUGGACUUCGGCAGCCGGGAGGCAGUAGCGCGGCUGGAGAAAGCCAUCGCCUUCGCCGACCGGCUACGCGCCCUGGACACCGACGGGGUGGAGCCCAUGGAGUCGGUCCUGGAGGACAGAUGUCUAUACCUGAGAUCCGACAAUGUAGUAGAAGGCAACUGUGCUGAUGAAUUACUACAAAACUCCCAUCGUGUCGUGGAGGAGUACUUUGUGGCCCCUCCAGGUAAUACCCCUUUGCCAAAGCUGGAUGAACAAGAGCCAUUCCCACACAGCUGAGGAACUCAUUGUGGAAAGGGGGUACUCUGAACACGUGGAAGCACAAUGACAGUAUUUUCUUACCGUGAACACUAAUGUUCCUGCUUUUCUCAGUUACCUAAAAAAAUGGACGCUUAAGCAUUUCUAAUAACAGACUCUUCUGAAGACAGAAUUGGGAAAUAUCUAGCCCAAUAAGUUCUAGAGCCCAAAGAUCUAUAACAGUGAGUUCCUGAUGCUAACUGAAAUGAAAGGAAAGCAAAAGUCAGCUUCCAAGGUAUUCACUUAACAGGCCUGUUCAGUAAGGAAGACACUAUUUAUCUGCCUUUAACCCCAAA